AUGAGCGUCCCACUUGUUGAUAACACCCUGGAUGGAUCCCUCUUUGACACGUCGGGCAUGUACUUUGAGGAGGACAUGGCUCAGUUCGACGACUUCCACCUCGAGGAGGAUUUUCAGCACGAUAGUAUGCCUGGCUCGUUCUCCCAUGCCAUGAGCCUGGCCGGCAGCAACUCUGCGGAGGGAUCUAUAUUCGACGAUGUCAUCACGUCUCCCGCCGACCAGCCUGUAGCAUCGACUUCGACAGAUUCGGAACGGUCGGCACAAUCACACACCAAAAUGCGACGACGUGCACAGAAUCGCGCCUCUCAACGUGCAUUUCGCGAGCGCAAAGAACGACACCUCCGCAGCCUCAAGGCAACACUGGAGACCAUCGGCGACAAGCAUCGCAAGCUGCUCGAGUCGUAUUCUCAGCAGUCCGAAGCGGUGAUGAAGCUGAAAGGCCGGAUUGCUGAGCUCAACGCACAAAUCGCUGCGUAUUCCACUCAACCCGACCGGGGGCCUGACAGACUCGACCUUUCACCAAACACGGGUUAUCAGGCAGGAUUCGACCAAUUUGAUGCUUUUUCCUUCUCCUUGAAGCCAUCCAGCAAUCCAAAUACCAUGUUUUGGGAGAAUCAGAAUCAGAAUCCCGAACCCUUCCGAGUCAACAUGUUGCAGUUGCCAGCAUGCGAGAAUCUUCCCGGGUUCGAAGAUUUGCUCAAUGUGCCGUGA